UCACCUCUACAAGAGAUAAAAUGUUUCUUGAAACAUUUAGUUUCCUUAUUUUCCAUCUUCUCUUUCCUCCUUUUAUAUUUAUCAUUACACUCACUCUUGUUUUAGCAUCAUUCGGAAAGAGUUUGGGCAUCCGAAGGCUAUAUGUUCGUGUUCUUCUGAAUAUAUUCGAGUAUGCACGUUAUGUGUCUCUGGAUCGAGAAAGAAAACUCUCAAGGUUUAAGGUUGGACAGGACUCAGAAUCAGAAGAUGAUGAACUUGAAUCAAGCACGACCUACAAUCAGAAUUCAACAAACUCAGACUCUUUCGUUAAAUAUAACUCAAAGGAUGAGGUCCCUUCAGUCCCUGGGACCGGAGAUGGUGAGUUUGAACUGGACCGUCCUGGACACCUGGAUAGACUGGUUUCAAGACAUAAUGUUAUCUCAAGAAAGGAUAAUCUGAUUCUGAUACCAGACAAACCAGCUCCAGCUCCUAUACAGGAAGAGGAGGAGAUGGUAGGUGACUGUAUGUCUAAAAUGCUCCUGAACAGAGUAGUUUCUGCUAACACUUUUCAGAGAGAGUUUGAUCUCAGUGAUGUUCUGGAUUAUGUUAAAACGGGUGUAGCAGCUAUCAUAGAAGAUGAAGUUACUCAAAGUAUAUCGAACUGUUUGAAAAUACAAUUUUUAAGUAAAAAUGGCAAAACUAUGUUUAAAAUUUGUAUUUCAUCAAGUUAUUAUUUUGCUUUCAGAUACUGCGUUCUGUUCCCGGGACGAUUAGCAAUCCUUUUAGUUGGGCUAAUCUUCAUGGUUUCGUCCUCUGCGUUCUGUGGUUUAGUUCCCAUUCUCAGCUGGAGACGUUGGCUCUACAAGAGGUUCGAGGGGUUCACAUUUGUCAAUAAAAAGUUCAUCAACCUAGUCAACAUUUCAAUGCUGGCCACAAUGUCGGUUUUCCUCUUUCUUUUUCUACUGACCUUAAAUGAAAAUAUUUAUGCACUCAAACUACCAAGUUUUGAACACCUCGCCUCGGCACCACCCAGGUCUGCUCUGACAGUUUUCAGGAUUCUCGCCAGAUCGUUCUCUGCUGUCGUCAACUUUCAUAGUAAGGAGAAUAGACCGAAGACUGAUGGUAUAUGUGUGGCCAAUCAUACCUCUCCAAUAGAUGUCGUCUUCAUGUCAUGUGACAUUCCUUAUGCCAUGAUCCUUUAUAUGGGUGUUGGAAUGGCGUUUAUAGGACCGUUGAGGAAUAGUGACUUCAAGAGAUGGUUGAAUUAUCAAGUUUUCACAUCAUGCUUUCAGGUGCUCGGUGGCGCUCUAUCGGCUGUGAUCCGUUACCACCACACAGAGAACCGGCCCAAGGCUGGUAUAUGCGUGGCAAACCACACCUCACCAAUAGAUGUUCUAGUGCUAGCAUGUGAUAAUGCAUAUGCAUUGGUGGGACAAUCUCACGGGGGAGUGAUGGGAAUUUGUCAACGAAGUCUAUCCCGCGCCUCAGGGCACAUUUGGUUUCAAAGAUCCGAAGUCAAGGACCGAGCAGAGGUUGCGCGCAGGUUAAAGGAGCAUGUAGAAGACCCGAACAAACUGCCAAUUUUGAUUUUCCCUGAGGGAACCUGUAUCAACAAUACCAGCGUCAUGCAGUUCAAGAAGGGCAGUUUCGAGGUUGGAGGAGUUAUUUACCCAGUAGCGAUUAAGUACGAUGCAAAAUUUGGAGAUGCGUUCUGGAACAGUUCUCAGAACUCGAUGGUUUCCUACCUGAUAAAGAUGAUGACCAGCUGGGCUAUUGUCUGCGAUGUUUGGUAUCUACCUCCUAUGACCAGAGGAGAGAAUGAGGACGCUAUUGAGUUUGCUAACCGUGUGAAGCAUGAGAUAGCUCUGAAGGGAGGUCUUGUAGAUCUUGUCUGGGAUGGGAACCUGAAACGACAACAGGUUAAAAGUGAAUGGAAAGCAGCUCAGCAGCAACAAUUCUCCAGGAGAAUUAAAGUGGAAUAGAGCCCCGCCCCGCCCUACUAGGAGACCACGCCCCUUUUUUCCAGGAAACUACGCCCCCCUUUUCCGGAAAACUACACACCCCCUUUUUCCAGGAAACUACGCCCUCAUACUAGGAAGUUCCCAAAAUCACACUAACUGCCAUAGAAAGUUCCGGACAUUACACUUCCUGCCAUAGAAAGAUUUCGACACCACAUUUCACGCCAUAGAAAGUUCCAGACAUUAUACUUCCCACCAUAGGAAGAUAUCGUCGUCACACUUCCUGCCAUAUAAAGUUCCGGACAUCACUCUUUUCGCAAUACAAAGUUUCCGACACAUUUCAUACCAUAGUUUCAGACAUUACACUUUCAGCCAUAGAAAGUUUCCAACAUUACACUUUCAGCCAUAGAAAGUUUCCAACAUUACACUUCCUGACAAAGACAGUUCCCGACAUCACACUUCACGCCAUAGAAAGUUUCUGACAUCACACUUCCCGCCAUAGAAAGUUCCCAACAUUACACUUAACGCCAUAGAAAGUUUCUGACAUCACACUUCCCGCCAAAGAAAGUUCUGGACAGCACACUUCCUGCCAUAGAAAGUAAACGUCAUCACACUUCCCGCCAUAGAAAGGUCCCCACAUCACAUUUCUGCCAUUUGAUCGUUCCAGACGUUCCUUAUUCUCAACAGCAUCGAGAAAUCAAUUUUCCUCAAUUUCAAAUCAUAAAUAUUGCAUAAAAUAUAAUUUUAAUACGAGCUUUUAGUCAACUUUCAACAAAACAGUUCACCCAAAUUACAACACACGAAAACUACUAUUUCGCUGAAUAUUCCAGAAAAAUAGGUUUUAUACAAAAUUUAAAACUUUAAUUGAAUCAGUGUUCUCUUUCUGUUGCUCUUUAUUAUCUUAACUAGUCUAAACGGCCAUAAACUAUUCAAAAUACAAAGUAGAUGUGUCAAAAUUGUAACAUAAUAAUCAAAAUGUUAUUUAAAUUUUAUGUAUAGCACAAUUUUUGUAAUAUAUAGAUUACAUUUCUUUUAUUGAUUUUGUCUUUUUAAACUGUUUAAACCAUUUUUAUAUAAGUCAACAACAUGAAAAUUAAAUAUCAGUCGAAUCUCGGCAAUAAAUUUUAGAUUCCUUUUAAAAAACGUGCAAAUUGAAAAUGUUAUCUUUUGUAAUAAAUAUUUAAAAAUU